GCACGUUAGCAACUACCCGUGUAAAGUCGCCAUUACGCCAAACAGCAUCUUCUUACCAAAUUUCGUGUUAAAUUAACCUUUAGGUCUUUUCUUACUUCAGUAGAGGCCGGCCGGAGCGAUCCUCUCUUUACCUCCGCUGGUAUUAUCACUUGCUGAGUUUUUUCAUUUUCAAUUAUUGGAUUCAUCGGAGAAAACUAUGGGCGGCGAAGGAGUAGCAGAGGCGCAGUACGUCACGGCUAAGACCUCGGUGUGGUGGGAUAUAGAGAACUGCCAGGUCCCCAGAGAAUGCGACCCACAUGCCAUAGCCCAGAACAUCAGCUCCGCCUUGGUCAAGAUGAACUAUUGUGGGCCAGUCUCCAUAACUGCUUAUGGAGAUACCAACCGGAUUCACUCAGCUGUACAACAGGCCCUCUCCAGUACCGGCAUCGCACUCAAUCACGUCCCUGCUGGUGUUAAAGAUGCAAGUGACAAGAAGAUUCUUGUAGAUAUGUUAUUUUGGGCAGUGGACAAUCCUGCACCUGCUAAUUAUUUGUUAAUCUCUGGUGAUCGUGACUUUUCUAACGCACUCCAUCAGUUGCGGAUGAGGAGAUACAAUAUUCUUCUAGCACAGCCACAAAGAGCAUCGGCACCCCUCAUUGCAGCUGCUAGGAGUGUAUGGCUUUGGACAAGUCUUCUCGCUGGAGGACCGCCACUAUCAGAUGGUGAAUCACAACAGCUUGGUAAUAAUAGUUUUACAUCCAGUUUAGACACUUUACAGAUUCCUGUUUCUGAUGCCAUUCACAUAAAGCAACCAGUUGAUUCCUACCUUGAUAAUUUCAAUACGGGUAGUCAAAGAAACCCUUCCUUAACUAAACAGAAAGGAAAAACCAACCGAAGAAAUUUGAGCCAAACAAAUGGAUCAAGAACAUCGAAUGUGCCAAAUAUGCCUGUAUGGACCCAAGAAGAUCCGCAUAAUUCAAACUCUUACCAGCCUAGUCCUUAUGUUCCAAAAGGUCCCUUGAAUGGGCCUGCUCCAGAUUUUCUUCCUGGAAAUCCUAACUUUACUUGGAGUGAGAUCACUCAUGCUCAUGGCAACCAUCAAAAUCACUACCCACAGUCAGUAAGGCCAAAUACUCCGGCUAUGCAACAUGAUUUUGCAGCAGGUAGUUUGUAUCCACCUAAUAUUCAAACCGAGACUUCUCCUCUAAUGCCUGCUAGGCCCAAUGGGGCUACCUUUACCUCAGCACCAUUUACCAAUGUGCCUGAUAUUGGUAACUUGAACAUUUCUGGAUACCCAACCAGCUUUCACAACCCUCCAGCUGCUCAAAGACGAGGUGGAGAACAAAAGCAUGAUAUGAAGAAAAAGGCUUCAAAGUCUGUUAACUUAAAUAACUCACAAAAUGGAUAUGUCUCACAAAACAUGCCAUCAGGAUACCAUGAGACACCGGACAAUAGAUAUCCCAGUUGUCCAGAAUAUCUACAAUCUUCAUCAUCAGUAAGAGCUACCAAUGUUGCUCAUGUUGAUGUUAUAUGGGGAACUCCAGGAUGCCCCAAACCUUCAGAAUACGUUCAAGGCCUUACAGGAGUUAUCUUACUUGCCUUGAACACCCUUAAAAGUGAAAAGAUAAUGCCGAUUGAAGCAAAUAUAGCUGAUUGCAUUCGAUAUGGAGAUCCCAAACAUCGGAAUAUUGACGUUAAAAAGGCCCUUGAGAGUGCUAUUGAGCAUCAGAUGGUUGUCAAACAGAACUUAGGAGCUGUGCAGUUGUUUGUUGGUACGAAUGAGAAACUGUGGAAAUGUGUGAACCCUAUUGGUGGUAAUCCUAAGGAAUAUCCAAAAGCAGUAUGGGAUGAAAUUCAAAAAUAUCUGACAUCUCCUGCUGGACGAUCUGCAAUUCUAUCUUCUCAGUGCAGGUAUGAAGCUGCUACUAUUUUAAAGAGCAUGUGCCUGAAAGAACUUGCUUUGGGCAAUAUACUUAAGAUCUUAAACAUGGUAAUUGCCAUAAAGAAAUGGAUGAUUGUACACCCUCAAUCUGGUUGGCAACCGCUUACCAUUACUCUUGCAGAGGCGAAGACAGAGUUAGGAUCUGCAUCUUCUCCAUAAGUUAAACCGAUGUUAUAGUGAGGAAAAGGACCUUGUAGAUAGGUUUGAGGAUCUAAAUUUGGUGAUAAUUGGUUAGAAGUGAUGACAGCAGAGACUAGAGAAUGCUCUUUUUCCAUUGAGAAUCAGGAAGUUGAUGGUAAUGGUGGGAGUACGAUUUCUGGUGAAAGAAUGAGUGUAGGAUUAGUUAUUUUAAUUUCCCAUUCCUGAGAAAGUUCUUUAGCUUUUACUUGAGGAUGAUAUUUAAAGAAGUGCUAGGACAAUCUUAAGUGGGUGAAUAUGCCACACAAUUGUCAGAGAUAGCACAUUGCUGGUUGGAAUUUACUUGUGUAGGUAUUGCAACAGUGGGCUUAGUUUAAAUUUGGCAUGUGGGGGUUUGGACGCACAAACUCCUGGGUCCUGAAAUGCAGCUGGGGAGCUGGGAGCUGGUGCAAGGAGCUGUCUGUAGUGCAAUACAGGGCCUUAGGGACAUUCUGUAGCUCCUCUUGCAUCUUUAGUGGUUUUGCUGGGGUUUGCUUUAUUAUAAUGGAUUUGUUGCAUGCUUUCAAAGUAAGCCAUCCAAACAUCAAGAAAUAUUUAUUAUCUGCUGCAUGUGGAGUUUUUAGCUAGAUAUUUGACCACCCGCUAUGCCUUCUAGUGUUGCAUUGACAGGGAUUGAUGUAUCAAUUUCUACCUCAAACCAGCAAUGGAUUAUUCGACGCACAAAAGGAAUCCACCUGUAUAUGACGGAAAGUUUGACCGAAAUUUGUUUAUAAGGUAUGGCUGCAGAGAGUUCUUGCUUAUAUGAGAAUGAAUUUAACAACCAUUAGAUUAAAUGUUUAUAUCUAGAUUUGUGCAUAAUUAAUUUCGCACAAAUUUAUAUAUAAAUAUUUAAUCUAAUGCUUAUUAAGCUCUUCUCGUAUGAAAUCAAGCUUAUAUAGAUGUAUCCUUGUUUAUAUCCUUAAAGAUGAGUUGGGAAGCUUAAAUGCUUGAUGGAAACAGAAGAUGCAAGUGAUUCAUGGAAAAGCAUCAAGGAACUACAUAUGUAAUACAAGAAAUCGCGUGUAGUUGGGAACUGUUUGCUGAAAAACAUAUACGUCACCGACCAUCAUGGUCAUGUCAAAUGAAAGAAGUAAAGGAAAACCAAACGGCAAAUGAUGGUUUGGGCUGUGGAGAUAAUAUGCUGUAAACAUCUUUUGCCAAAUGUGUACUUAGGUCGUUGAGUAGGUGAUGUUCCUGUAACUUGUUUGGUAUCAGACCUUUUAAUUUGGGAUUUAGUUAUAUGUAAAAUACUAUUGCAUGAGCCAAGCAUGUGGGUUGAGUUGAACAAAAAUUUGGUGCAUCUGCACACUACUAGUAGUGUAUGCUUUUGCUUGAAUAAAAGCAUAGAUGAGGUUGUUUACUUCAA